AUGUUUGGCAUUCCCAAUCUCCCAGAGACAUUCGAUGAUCUCCCUGACAAGCGUCGCUUCUGGCCUGGAACCGCAGGGUCAGAAGAGGAAGGUCUGGGAAUGCUCCGCCUUUUGACGCCUGAACUAGUUGCCCAAGCCGCGCGAACACAGAUCCAGACCGGCGAGAGGGUAUGCUUAAACUGGGAUAUGGAGAAUUUGAGCCCACCAGACUCACGACUCGAGAAACCAGGAUUUGGCCGCAAGCCCUUUGAGCACCGAGUUAAAUGGGUCGCCGAGGGUGUUGCUUUCGACGACGAAUAUCACUUCAACCCACAGCAAUCAUCCCAGUGGGAUGGCCUCCGACAUCACAAUGCGCCAGCCCCAAUACCAGAAGAUCCAGACCGACGUCUUUUUUAUGGUGGUACGACUGCAGGGGAGAUUUUGGAUGAAUCCUCGUCACGGAUUGGCAUUGGCUUUUGGGCGAAGAAGGGCAUUGCCGGGCGUGGCGUGCUGAUCGAUUACGUCUCCUACGCGGAGAAGAAAGGCAUCAGCGUAAACGCGCUGAGUCGGCAGAUGAUCUCGCUUGAUGAGGUACAGGAGAUUGCGCGCGAAUGCAACAUCACAUUCCAGAAGGGUGAUAUCCUUUUCUUGCGGGUUGGCUUGCCUGAGACGUGGGAGCGGAUGUCAGCCGAGGAGCGGGUGGCUUAUAGUCAGCAGGGGAUGCCGCAACAUGCUGGAAUCGAACAGAGUGAGCGGGUGCUGCGCUUCAUAUGGGAUAACCAUUUUGCCGCUGUUGCGUCCGAUGCUGUGAGCUUCGAGGUUUACCCAGCUCUGAACCCUGAGUUUGAUUUGCAUCAUCACCUUCUGGCUGGGUGGGGUAUCCCUAUUGGGGAGAUGUUUGAUCUGGAUGAGUUGGCUGCAACAUGCAAGCGUUUAGCUCGUUGGAGUUUCUUUAUCUCUAGUAGUCCGUUGAACUGCUCCCGGGGAGUUUCUAGUCCGCCUAACUGUAUGGCUAUUUUCUAG